ACUGAUCGCCCUAGCAGACACACCCAGAUCCGACGAAACCAGUUUCGGACGAAUCAAAAAGAAAACAUUAGCCGGUCGUCAUCGGGCCCCACAGGUAGGUCCCUCAUGCCACUCUUCCCAAAAAAACAAGUCACCCAUUUCUUUCAUUGAUUUGCACAUUGACCAUUGAACGCGUUUAGUCUCUGUAAAGCUCGACUCUUAGGGUUUCAUCUUCUUCUAGAGAGAGAAAUAAGACAAGAGGAAGAUGAAGAUGACGUUGAAGGUGGACUUUUCUUGGUGCUUAGUCCCCCUAGUCAAGGCGUGAUUCUUUCGAAUUCCCUUUUCUCUUCCUUGUCUCUUGCUUUCUUUGUGCUUACUUGAUUUUCUUGUUGGAGCGUUCAAACCCUGAAGAGAAUUUUUUUUGCUGGGGGAGUUUGAAUUGAGCUUUGAGAGUAUACAAGGUUCAAUUUUGUCAGGAUUCUGCUUCCUUUGUGGGUUUUUUGCUUUCUGGAUUCUGCGGAGUGGAAUCUGGUGGGAGAUUUCAGAGUUUUCAUUUGGUACAACUCAAGAAUCCGAGCUUGGGAUUUGAAGGAGUUUUGUGUUUCUCUGGAGCUGAUUGAAUCUGGGUUUUGUUGGUUGGACUGAGCAAAGAAAAGGGUAUGUUUUUCUGCUUCUGAAUCUCAGCUCUAUAGGGUUUUGAUAUUUGUUACUUCUGGCGGGGUUGAUUUGUUCUAUGCUUGUCUCGCUGUGAAUUAUUCAGGGUUAUUUUGAGCUUGAAUGUUGAGUUUCUGGGUUUGGUUUUGAAGUUCUGGGUAUUGUUUGAAGCUUUGAAUGGUUUUUUUUCACUCUGUGGGUAUAUAGAGAAACUAAGUAUCUGGUUUGCCGAAACAGUUGGUGAUUGAGGUUGGAGUACACGAAAGAUUGCUAGUGUUUGCGCUUCACUUUAAAGUUUUUGGUACUGCUUUGAAGCUUAUGAGUGGUUUGACUUUGUGUGACCCUUCAAAAAGCGGUAUUUCUUUGUUCAAGUGAUUUGUGUUCUAUUAUUACCAAAUGGAUAACUCGAAGAAUCGGCAUAAUGACCAUUUGGGUGUGAAUAAAAUGGGGAAGAAUAUAAGGAAAAGUCCCUUGCACCAGCCAAAUUUUGCAAAUAAUCCUGCUAGGCAGCAACCUCAGCCUCAGGUUUACAACAUAAGCAAGAACGACUUUCGAAAUAUCGUUCAGCAGCUCACUGGUUCACCUUCUCAUGAACCUGCACCUAGACCUCCCAACAACCUGCCUAAACCCCCGAGUAUGAGGCUGCAGAAAAUUCGGCCUCCCCCUUUAACGCCCAUCAACCGACCUCACAUACCCCCUCCAGUUCCGCACCCUGCAGCCCCUCCCCCAAUGGUUUACAAUAAUAACUAUGCCAGACCUGGUCAGUUUGGACAGCUAUCACCCACGCCUUUGCAACCAUUGACACCUGGGGACUCAUCUUGGGCAAAUACAGCCGAGUCUCCUAUCUCGGCUUACAUGCGUUACCUUCAAAAUUCGAUAAUGGAGCCAGGUUCAAGAGGUAUCCAAGCUCAAGGGCAGGCUCAACUACAACCGCAAUAUCCAGGUCAAAUGUACGGUCAACCGCAUUCAACUGCUUUACUUCCUAAUCCUCGCAUGCCUGCUCUCCCUUCCCCAAGAAUGAAUGGUCCUACCCCACCUAUGCCUAAUCUCCCUUCCCCACAAGGGAAUGGUCCUGCCCUUUUACCCUCUCCAACUUCUCAGUUCCUCUUGCCAUCCCCAACUGGUUACUUCAAUUUGCCAUCACCGCGAUCGCCUUAUCCAUUGUUCUCGCCUGGGAUGCAGUUUCCUCCACCUUUGACACCCAAUUUUGCAUUUUCACCCAUGGCUCAAUCAGGGAUUUUAGGUCCAGGGCCCCAACCUCCACUUUCUCCAGGCCUAUUUCCAUUAUCUCCUUCAGGUUUCUUCCCCAUCCCAAGUCCAAGAUGGAGGGACCAAUAAUCCUUGUCAUAGCAUCUUUUACCUGUGAGCAUGUUACUUGAUCAGAAGUGCUUUUAUCUUUCCGUGGACUCAUCUACUUCCCGUAAGACCUCUUGUGAAAAUGCAAUGGAUGCUGCUGAUGCAAUAGGCCUUUUGGUCACUGUAGUGUUUGUUUCUCACAUCUAUUUUCUUAUUUCUCAUUCGUUGAUACCCAUCUUGCAGCUUGUUUUGAUAUAUAGAAUCUGUACCAGCUGCAAUCUUUAGUUUUCUGGACAAGUUUUAUAUUAGGCAAUGUAGUGAAGACCAGACAAUUCAAUUGGACAAUUGGACAGAGCUGUAACAUGAAAAGAGGUAGGAUCACAGACAUCAAAAUUUUAAUGUAGGCUAUCUAGUGCAAGAAUUCUCGUGUUUUUGUAAUAUCUUGACUGUAAACUUAUUUAGUUUUGAAGUGAAAUUCAUCUCCAGUUAAUAGGCCUGUGGCUGUAAUUCUCAAACUGCUGGUUUAUUAAUAAAGGUUUAUAUUGUUUGAGCA